UUCCAAUUUCGAGUCCCCCCCUCCCCUCCCACAAAAAGCCCGCAGAACAGAGACAGGAGAUCUCACCCGAGGAAACCCCAGGGAGAGAGAAAGAGAAAUAAGUGAAGAUAUCUCCUAUGGAUCGGAAGCCUCCGCUUGCAGUGUCGCCACGGCGUCUUCGUCCUCGCCGGCCUCCGCACUCCACUCCCUCUGUUCGAACCCCACCAGCAACUUCUAAAAAUGCUCGAUCCUCCUCUUUGGAAUCGCCAAUCCAGCCCGUCUACCAGAUGAUUUCAUCGGAGUUGAUGGCGCUGGCGGAAAGGGCCAAGGAAGAGUUUGGAUCCAAUGGUGAUCUAGGUGGCGCCGUUACUUCCUCCAUCGCUUGCAGCCGUAGUCCCAUGUUUGAAAGAGGGAGGUUCUAUGAACUCUACUCGGCUCGAAGGAAUGCGAGGCUUAAGAGAAAGAAGGAGGAGAUUGCAGAGGAGGCGAUCGCUCAAGACCCCAGUAUCGCCAUCGAACUGGCAAAAAGGAGGAGCUCGAAGAAGGUUGAAAGCGAGCGGAAAUCGGUGCCGGCCGACUUCUCGUCGAGCCGUGUCUUGAGAUCCUCGGUGAGGAGCAGCAAGGAGAUGAAGAAGCCUUCUGCCCCGACAUAUCCUGACAAGCCUGCUGCUACUGGGAAGAGGAUCGGAACCCGGUCGGUGCGAAAGGUGUGAAUUAAAAAAGAAAGAGGAGAUCUGUCUCUCCUCCUUGCUAGAUUGCGUUAUGAUCUCUUGUUGUGGCAAAUUAGCUUAUUGCUCACAGUUUCUUUGCACUUCAUUCAUAGAUACUGCUAUCUCAUACUGAGAUAUGGCUUUCUUGAAUUGACCUUUUUUAUUUUUUUUUUUUCUUUCUUCCCCACCUCUUUCCUCUCGUUUAAAGCAAGUGGGAACUAUAAUUAACCACAUCAAAGCUUUCUAAUUGCCAUCAAAUUACAUUCAAUCCAUUGAAGUUUGUUCUGUUGCUCUGUUCACAACAAAGUGUAAAAUAACUACUGCUUUUCGUA